CUGUUCAACAACAGCCACGCCAACCCCUUGCAAUCUAGUGCUCACGUUGUCAGAUCUCGCUCAGCCUUCAUCCUGUUGGACUUUCAUGCCAUUGGGCUUUCACCAUCUUUAACUAUCAUCCUACUGGACAAACCCCUCGUCCUUCUACCCUCCGCCUGGUGCGGGAGAUUACCACUCGGCCCUACUCUUUCCACGAAUGUGCAAGCUCGACUUCAGUCCCUGAACCCCCAACCCCGCUACAGUAUUAGCAGCGAAUCUAGUGAGUCUAGAGGCCUAAUGGGCUCUACUCUCAUCCUCCUCCCUCUUUCGCCCUACUUCCGAUAUCCCCGCCAUGCCAACAUACACCUACCGCCCACACAACUACACCGGCACCACCAUCCGCUCACCGACGCCAAUGUGGCGUAGCAGUGACUCCAUGCGCCCGUUUUAUCGCCCUCGCCUGUGGCCCCUGUAAGUUGGUGCGCGAUGCUUUUCUAAUUCAUUUCAUCCUCUCUCUAUUUCUUUUCCUUUCCCUUCAUCCCCAUACUCCACAGCCUUUCCUUCCUGGCGUGGUAUCGUCACCAUAACUCGUUGCAGACUUUGAUUUGCGUCCUUUCGUUGGCGAUCGAGUCAACAUCACAUUCUUUUGAACCGGCCUAGGCCAUACUACUAUCUUUAAGCACCCUCGUUACUUCGCAUCUUUAUCAUGGGUUUCUCCAAGACUUUUGCAGCUGUCGCUGCCCUCGCAACCGUAGCGAGUGCGGCUAGUUCGGCAAGAAGCUCCGUGGCCGCGUACUGGGGCCAAUCUGGCGGCUCGCUUCGCGACUACUGUGAUACAGCUGACACGGAUUACAUUCCCAUCGGCUUCAUCAACUACUUUCCGGCACAGGCGAACGGGUGGCCAGGAUCCAACUACGCAAGCUCAUGUUGGGCGGAGUAUUAUAAUGCCCCCGGCUACCAAGGCGUCGACGAUGACAGCAAGAACCUGCUCCUAAGUUAUUGCCCCGGAAUGGCCCAGGAUAUGCAGUACUGCCAGUCCAAGGGGAAGAAGAUACUUCUGUCCCUUGGUGGCGGAUACGACACUUAUCAUCUCUCCGGCAAGGUGGAUGGAGAGGCCUUUGCUGAUUUCUUGUGGGGAGCGUACGGUCCUAAUACGACCGCGUGGGCUGGUCCGCGUCCCUUCGAUCCUAUCCCAGGAUCCGUCGGUGACGGAAUUGCGACGGUCGUCGAUGGUUACGAUUUUGAUAUUGAGUUCCCGGACACUGACAAUUCUGUCGGGUACAUUGCGAUGAUCAACAAGCUUCGCGGCUACUUCCCUGCGGGAAGCAACUACCUCAUCACCGGUGCCCCGCAGUGCGUCGUGAAUGAUGCAAACAUGGACUUGAUGAUCCAAGGCGCGCAGUUCGAUAUCAUCUGGGUCCAGUUCUACAACACAUGGGGAUGCUCCGUUCGCGACUGGGUUACCAAUAACCCUAACUACGCUUCGACCGGCAUUGAGAGCCCUGUUGACCCUAAUAACAAACUCGGGGGUUUCUCCUUCGAGAAGUGGUACAACCGUCUCCAGGCACCUAACUCCAAGAGCAAGAACGCCAAACUCGCAAUUGGUGUUCUUGGACAGGCCACCGAGACCGGAGUAGUAGACUUUCGAGUUUCUGCGGACCAGCUUAAGCCGCUAAUCGACGCGUAUUUCUGCCACGCGAACUUCGGUGGGUUCAUGAUCUGGGACCUCGUUGCUUCCAGUAACAACCUCAAGAAUGGAGUUACUUUCCAGGCGCAAAUCAAAAAUCUCCUGAACGCCAAAGAGGCCAAGGGAUGCCCUACUGUCACAACUACGAGCUCUGUACCCACGCCCACGACUACUCAGCCUCCGAACACUACAAUCAUUGACGGGACAGCGUACCCUAAUCCUCCUGCUCCCACUGUUCUUGGGUCGACUCCGAAAUGCAAGAAGUGGUAUGUUGUUCAGAAUGGAGAUACCUGCGCGGCAAUAGCAUCUAAGAACGACAUUACGAGAACGGACAUCAACCUUUGGAAUACCUACAUCACCUCGACCUGCACUAAUAUCUGGGCUACCUAUGCUAUCUGCGUUUCUAGCCCCUUGGCAGAGGACUACUGGAGUUCAGUUGGCUGCUUAACUGAUAGCCAAAGUGCUCGUGCAUUAGCAAACAAAAUAACGCUCACUGACGCGAAAUCUAUUAUGACACCGAAGGCUUGCAGCGAUGCCUGCGCUGCGGCAGGAUACCGCCUUUCCGGUCUCGAGUAUGGGUUUGAAUGUUACUGUGAUAAUGCUAUCCGCAACGGCCACGGCUUGACCCAGUCAGGCUGCACGACUCCCUGCCCCGGUGCACCAUCAAUUACGUGCGGCGGACCCGACAGGAUCAAUCUCUACCGCCUCGAUAAAUACAAAGACCUCGGCUGCUACACCGACAUCGCCACGUCGCGCACGCUAGAGAAGCAGAUCAUCAUUACGAACCAGAAUACUAUUCUCACACGCGAGAUCUGUCAGACCGCCUGCGAAAAGGCGGGGUACAUCUACUCGGGCGUCGAGUAUGCACAUCAGUGCUGGUGCGGCAACACCAUCCGGGGUAGCCCGGCAUCGAGCGGGUGCUCGUCAGCGUGUCCAGGUAAUACGGCCCAGACAUGUGGAGGCUCGGAUCGGAUUAAUGUGAUGAUGCGGCCGCAAUCCAGAUCUCUCGGGUGCUAUUCCGAUGAUGUGAAUAAGAGGACGCUCAGGUACCAGCUCACUAUUACGAAUGCGGCGACGUUGAUGACAGUUGAGUUGUGUAGAACCACGUGUUUGACGAAGGGCUUCAUUUAUUCUGGGGUUGAGUAUGGGCAUCAGUGUUUCUGUGACGAUGAGCUCUAUGGUACUGGGGUGCCAUCGACUGGGUGUGCAAUGGCUUGUCCAGGGGGUGGUUCUGCAGUUUGCGGUGGCAGCUCGAGGAUUAAUAUCUAUUCCUUGUAAAUGGUGCAGUCACCUAUAUCUUCAAGAAGGAUCUAUAACUUAUAUUUGUUCCGGCCGAACGGCGAAUAAAAGGAGUAGCGGCGUAUAAUAAAAUACAGU